AUGGAAAUGCCUAAACUAGCUCAAUCACGCAGCGCACAGAACGUGGCUGGCAAGGGAGCAGGGCCUGGGCCUGCUCUGGGAAGAGUAUCUGAUCAAGCCCCACUGAUGGUGGGCCAGGGGGAGGAAGGUGACAAAGAGGAAGCCUGGCUGCAGCUUCGGCCGGUGGAGCCUUUGCCCUCCCAGUGCUGCGGCAGUGGCUGCUCGCCCUGUGUGUUCGACCUCUACCAGCGAGACCUGGCAAGGUGGGAGGCUGCCCGAGCCAGCAAGGACAGGAGCCUGCUGCGCAGGGAAGAGACACAGAGCUGCCCUUCCAAGCUGAGCCCAGAGACCUUCCUGGCCUUCCUCAUCAGUGGUGUAGAGAGGCUCACCAAGGACACCUACCUUGUCCGGUUUGCACUACCCGGGAACAGCCAGCUCGGCUUGCGGCCUGGCCAGCACCUCAUCCUACGAGGGACAGUAGAUGACUUAGAAAUUCAGAGAGCCUAUACGCCCAUCAGCCCUGCCAAUGCAGAAGGAUACUUUGAAGUUUUAAUCAAGUGCUACCAGACUGGGCUGAUGUCCCAGUAUGUCAAGUCCUGGAAAGCAGGAGACACAGCUUUCUGGAGAGGACCCUUCGGAGGCUUCUUCUAUAAACCAAACCAGUACGGGGAGCUCCUCAUGCUGGCUGCUGGCACUGGCCUGGCUCCCAUGGUGCCCAUCCUCCAGAGCAUCACAGACAACGCAGAGGACGAGACCUUCAUCACCCUGGUCGGCUGCUUCAAGACCUUUGAGGGCAUCUACAUGAAAACCUUCCUCCAGGAGCAGGCCCGUUUCUGGAAUGUCCGCACCUUCUUUGUCCUCAGCCAGGAGAACUCCCUGGAGCAGCUUCCCUGGAGCUACCGGGACAGGACCCACUUUGGCCGCCUGGACCGGGACCUGCUAGAAGAGCUGGUCGGCUCCUGUCGGAGAAAGCCAUUCGCCCUGGUCUGUGGAUCAGCUGAGUUUACUAAGGACGUGGCUGGGUACUUGCUGCACGCAGGCCUGGCCGAGGACUCCUACUUCCUCUUCUAG